AUGGCAGACUUAGCUUCAUUAGAGAGUACGCAUAGGAUGAUUAAAGCAUCAUUUGACGCAAUUCAUAAAUAUAUCAGUAGCUUUAGUGAGGGCGGUAACAUUAAAACGUUAUCAGUACGUAAACAAAAAUUAGUCGAGAGAAGUCACGAUUGGGACGAAAAUUAUGUACAGUUGGAAGCAAUCAGUCCAGGUACGCAUACUGCUGAAUACCUUAAGUACUCAGAGCUUUAUUUUGAUAUGAUGUCGGAAAUAGAAACAAUAAUUGACCGACAUCAGAAACCUAUUGCGAAAGGUGCUCACGCUUCAAUAGAUGUGAAAUUGCCCGAUAUCAUAUUACCUAAAUUCAAUGGGGAAUAUAAUGAAUGGACAGCCUUUAUAGAUAUUUUCAAUAGUUUAAUUCAUAAUAAUUCUAAAUUAGCACCUGUACAAAAAUUGCACUAUUUAAGAGGUGCACUCACAAAUUCAGCUUCCAACUUAAUCUCCACAAUCAGUAUUUCUAAUGAGAACUAUGAUAUAGCUUAUGACCUCAUAGUUAAAACAUAUAACAAUAAAUUUUUGAUUAUUAAUUCGCACUUGCAGAGUAUAGAGAAUAUUCCAGCUAUUAAUAAAGGAAGUUUUGAAAAUCUGAGGGCCCUUUUAAAUAGUGCAAGACAACAGAUACAGUCAUUAAAGGUCCUAUAUGAACCUGCCGAGCAUUGGGAUGUAAUUUUGCUGUUCAUGCUGAGUAGGAAACUUGAUACUGGUACGAAGGUUGCCUGGAAUCUGUCUAGAACGUCAGGGCAGUUACCAUCCUUAGUGGAAUUUUUUACUUUUUUGGAACUUCGGGUAACUGCUUUGGAACAUUCGUGUAGUUCAGACAGCAAACCAGCGUCAACAAAGAGUGUUCAUACCAUUGUCAAGAGGCCUACACAGUCAUGUAUUCUUUGUAAAGGGGAGGAUCAUGCCUUAUAUAAGUGUUCCAAUUUUAAAUCAUUAGAUACAGAAGCUAGAAAGAGCUUCAUUAGUAAACAUGGGAUAUGUAUUCGUUGUUUGGCAUCUCGACAUAGUGUGGCUAAGUGCAGAUUCAAAUACACCUGUGGAAAAUGCAAAGCCUCUCACAAUACCUUGCUACAUGAGGAUCCUGAGCCUGUGCCCAGCACUUCUCAAAGUAGCACGGUUUGUAUGGCUAGCAACACAGGCGUACAAACCUUGUUAUCAACUGUUUCGCUUAUUGUCAUUGACGCGGAGGGAGCACAACAUACGGUGAGAGCACUUUUAGACAGUGGGUCUCAGAUAAAUCUAAUAACUAAUUCUCUUUUGGCGAAAUUGAAAUGUCCCAUUAACUCAGAGGUACAUAGACUGAGCGUUUUGCAAGGUCAAAGCUUUUUGUGCAAUAAGGCAGUAAAGUUGACUGUCAAAUCUAGGCUAGGUGCGUUCUCUAGAAACAUUAAUUGUGUAGUUGUGGAUAGAAUUACGCAUUCAUUGCCAUCUGUAUUUAUAGAUUAUGAAGGCUGGAAGAUUCCUGACAAUGUCUCGUUGGCAGAUCCGUCUUUUAAUGUGCCUGGCAGCGUGGAUAUGCUGAUAGGAGUAGAAUUAUAUUUUGAUGUUUUGCAGCAAGGAUGUAUUAGGCUAGGGAAUCAUCUUCCUAUUUUAAGGAAAAGCUCUUUCGGAUGGUUGAUUUCUGGUGUCUUUAAGGCAGAACUUCAAGGUAAUGUACACGUUGGUCUUAUUUCUAAUGAGGAUCUUCACAAUAGUUUGACGAAGUUUUGGCAGUUGGAAGAAAUUUCUUCAAAACAAUGCUAUGACGGGUUCAGAUAA